GGGGUGGGGCGCCGAGCGCGCGGGGUGGGGGGGGUCCCGGUCUUUGGCUUCUCGACUCGGUCCUGUUUCGACAGCGAACAUGUCUCGGCCUGUCAGAAAUAGAAAGGUCGUUGAUUAUUCACAGUUUCAGGAAUCUGAUGAUGCUGAUGAAGAUUAUGGAAGAGAUUCAGGCCCUCCAGCUAAGAAAAUUCGAUCAUCUCCCCGAGAAGCUAAAAAUAAGAGGCGAUCUGGAAAGAAUUCACAGGAGGAUAGUGAGGACUCCGAAGAAAAAGAUGUGAAGACCAAGAAAGAUGAUUCUCACUCAGCAGAGGAUAGUGAAGAUGAAAAAGAAGAUCAUAAAAAUGUACGCCAGCAACGGCAGGCAGCCUCUAAAGCAGCUUCCAAACAGAGAGAGAUGCUCAUGGAAGACGUGGGCAGUGAAGAAGAGCAAGAAGAGGAGGAUGAGGCACCAUUCCAGGAGAAAGAUUCUGGCAGCGAUGAAGAUUUCCUCAUGGAAGAUGAUGACGAUAGUGACUAUGGCAGUUCAAAAAAGAAAAACAAAAAGAUGGUUAAGAAGUCCAAACCUGAGAGAAAAGAAAAGAAAAUGCCCAAACCCAGGCUAAAGGCUACAGUGACUCCAAGCCCCGUGAAAGGCAAAGGGAAGGUAGGUCGCCCCACAGCUUCAAAGGCAUCAAAGGAAAAGACUCCUUCUCCCAAAGAAGAAGACGAGGAACCAGAAAGCCCUCCAGAAAAGAAGCCCUCUGCAAGUCCUCCACCUGAGAAAUCUGGGGAUGAAGGGUCCGAAGAUGAAGCCCAGUCUGGGGAGGAUUAAAAAAGUGAUGAUGGUUUGGGGAGAGAUUUUAUUAAAAAAAAAGAGAAAAAAAAAGAAAAAAGAAAAAGGGGGAAAAAAAGAAACCUACUUAAGAUAGAACAUGGUUUUGGCUAUGGCUUGACUCAUGGGCUUUCAAUGCUUUUUUUCUUUUUCUUAAAAAUAACAUUCUCUCUCUCUCUCUCUCUCUCUCUCUCUCUCUUUUAAGAAAACCAUUGUAAGUUCAAUUUACCUUUUUGUCUAUUGGUCCUCUCUUUGCCAUCACCCCUCUUUCCCACCCCCUCCCAAUGAAAGCCAUGUCAAAGUAAUCACUGGAUUGACUGCUUCACCUUUUUAUUCUUAAUGGAAGGUAUACCACAGUUGUAAAGCAAUAAGAUUUGAGAUGAACACUAUGGAAAUUUUGCUUUUUGCUAAACAGUAGCAAGUUGACCAUAAUCAAAAAAUGUAGAAGGGUUUUAGUUAAAAAUGAUUGCUUCUUUCUCUACCUGGACUUAAAAAAAAAUAAGUUGUCAUCUAAUACAAGUUUAUAUGUCUAUAUAUACAGAAGUCUAGAUGUCUAGAAAAAUCAUGAUGUUAAACUUCCACUGAUGGGGCAGGUAGGAGAUAAGAAUGAAUUCUGCAUUGUUACUAAAAGUAUUCCAUAUUUUUUACAUUGGGGGCAAGGCAGGGGAUGGUGUUACCUUACCUUGUUUGAGGGUGUGGUUUUCUUUUUUUGUUUGUUUUGUUUUUUAAUUUCAUCACUUGUUAUCUCAAGAGACCCCGAGCCAGUGAUCCUUUAUCCUGCUACAGUCUUUCAGGAACUUAAAAAAAAAAAAAAAAAAAAAAAAAAAAAAAGGACCGCCAAAACUUAAAUCACUCUUGAUUUCUUUAUUUCAUUCUCUAAUAGUUCAUGUUUUAAAAUAUAUAUGUAUCUAUUCUGUUUCUUGGAUAACAUUUUACCAAGGAUCAAAAAAGGAAAAGAAAAAGAACUCUAGAAUUUAAAUGGCAAGAUCUAUACACCAGAGUGAAUUUUUUCUUAACUGACAUUGUUUAGGUUUUAAGCAAAUAAAGUACCAAUUAAUGUGAAACUCGA